CGCGUGACAAAGCCCACCCGGCACCCCACAGGUCGUCUUCCCAUUCCCCAUUCCUCGCCGCUCUCCCGCGCCGCCGCCGCCAAGGAUGGGGAGGGUGCAGCAAGCCAUGCGCGCCGCCAAGGUCCCCCGCCACGCUCUCGUCCCGAAGCCCUCCGCGGCGUCCACCCCGACGCCCCCUCCCCCGCCACCACGUGGGCCUCGUCCCGCCGACGGUAAACCUCCCCACGGCAAGCCGCCACGGAGAACCCCCAGGGCCGCCUCCGAGCACGCGGGGGCCCUGGCCCUGCCGGACCGGCCGGCGCCUCCGGCCGAGAAGAGGCCCAUCACCACGCCCGCGGAGCUCUCGGCCGCCAUCCGCGCCGCGGUGGACGCCGACGUGGACGCGGCCGCCUCGCUCGCGCUCAAGGCCGCGCCCACCAUCCCGCUCCCGGCGCAGUCGCUCGCGCUCCUCCUCCGCCGCCUCGCCGCGCACCGCUCCGUGGCCGCGGCGCGGGACCUCCUCGCGGCGCUCCCGUACUCCGCCGACAACCCCGCGCCGCGCCCGGCGCUCCUGGCCCUCGCCGACGCGUGCUGCCGCCGCGGCGACCCGCGCGAGAUCGGGCAGCUCCUGCCCGUCCUCGCCGACCACGGCGUCCGCGCCGACGCCCACGUCUACAACGCCCUCAUGAAGGGCCACUGCGCCGACUCCGACACCGUGGGGCUCCUCGGCGUGCUCCGCCGGAUGAAGGACGACGGUGUGGACCCCGACAUCGUCACCUACAACACCCUCGUCUACGGCCUCGCGCGCGCCGGGCUCGUCGCCAAGGCCAGGACCUACCUCGACGCCAUGGCUGCCGAGGGCCUCUUCCCGGACGUCAUCACCUACACGUCGCUCAUGAACGGGAUGUGCGUCAAGGGCGACGCCCUGGGCGCGCUCAAGCUGCUCGAGGAAAUGGAGGCCAAUGGGUGCGAGCCCAAUGACAGGACGUACAACACGCUGCUCAUGGGGCUCUGCAGGAACAGGAAGCUGGACAAGGCCGUCGAGGUGUACAAGUCCAUGGUAGGGGCUGGGAUGAAGCUCGAGCCGCCGGCGUACGCGACGUUCAUCAGGGCAUUGUGUCGGGCGGGGAGGGUUCCGGAUGCAUAUGAGGUGUUUGAUUACGGGAUCGAGAGCAAGAGCAUUCCGCAGGCAACCGCGUACAGUGAGCUCGAGAGCUCACUCAAGUGGCUGCGCAAGAUGAAGGAGUAGGAUGAAGGUGCGAGGAAGACUAAUAAGCCAUUGGCUUCUGUUGCUGCUGGUGCUUGCUUCACACCUGAUUCAGUGAGUUGCAUUGCCUGGCUUGUUUUGAUACGGUAGAUUAAGCAAAAACAUUUGAAACUACUACUGUGUUUGUAUGGAGUGAUACUAUCUGUUCAAUCAAUCAGAAUGUAAGAUGAAAUUUUCGAAAACGUGAAUAUGUCAAGAUAUCUUACUCAUGUGUCAAAAUUUAGUAGCAUGAUGUAGUGCCAUUCACAACAUACACUUGUUAUCUGUUUUGUUCAACUGGCUGAAUUAGCUUGUACUCCCUCUGUAUCAAAAUAUGACGUUUUUUGACACCAUCAUAUAUUGAAUGUACAUGGAGCAUAAUGUUGGUAGCCUAUAGAGACAGGGCUCUUCUAAGUUCUGAUAAAAAAAAAAGCAAACUGAUUUUGAAUGGUCCAGGAGCAUAUCCAAUGCCCAAUGGUGUAUUGCUAGGUACAAAACUGAAUAUGAUUCUCCUGCACCUUCAGCAAAUGUUCCGAGAGUUGGACUGUUAAGAGUCAGUGUAGGAUUGAUCGAUAUUCAGGGUUUCAUGCCUUCCCCUGUUAACGGUAUAAUAUAUAUAUGUGUGUGUGGUUACUUCCACCACGACUUUAACUAUAUCUUCUCGGAAAGACCCCUAAGAAGCAGAGGUAGAUUUUCUUUUAUCUAGUUUCCCUUUUAGCUAUUUUCAUGAUGACCUGAAAUGGUACCAGCAUCUAUUCAUCCAUUGGUUAAAAGUUGAAAACAAUACAAUAUUUCUUGUAAUUUAGAAUCAUGAAGUUGCUCUGGCACGGAGCUUAGCACCUCUGCAACUACCUGCAGCGUUAGUCGUUUGCAGCGUGACUGUUAGCUUUCUGCUAAUAACCAGGAAGGUCUAGUUAUGCGGUGCCUCCUGAAGAUCAUACUACUACAUGAACAUUGCGAGCACACUAUCUAUAGUUGUAACUUGCAAGGCAACUGGAGAAGCAUGUUUUUGUGGAGCAAGUUCCAGUGCAUCUUGAUGAAACAGCGACACAUUCAUCUGGCAGUGUGAUGUUGCUUACCUGCAUGACAACAGACCAUGUGAACCAUCCUUCCUUCUCCAAGAUAACCGUUGCCAUUAUACAGAUGAUCAUGGUUUAAACCCUUGGAGCGGUGAGGAGUUGUGAUGCAGCACAAGAUCGCUUUUUUUUUGUGAACAGCGCACAAGAUCACUUUCGCAAUGUCGUGCUGGAAGGGUUUACAUCAUGCCGCAGGGAAGAACACAGGGUUUACAUCAUGCCGCAGGGAAGGAGAACACACUAGACUGCUUCUGAGUUUUGACCCCAGGAGGAUCAGAUUGCUGUAGCUAUCUGAAUAGACCACCCGAGAUCUCUAUCUCUGAAGCGACUCGCGGGGAGGUGCAGGUUUGGUGCCGGUUACGGAGUUGACGCAGUGUAUUGCGUAAAUCGUUCAGUUUUUGGGUGUGUGACAGAUUUUGGUGGACUGAAAACCGGAUUUCUCAUUC